UGUCACACCACUGCUAUUUUCUCCCCUCAGUCCCUCUCACUCUCAGCCUACAGCUCCAACGGACUGACACGGGGCUUUGGACACAAAGAAAGGAAUAAUAAGAUAUCCAACUAAAGCCAAAAAUGGCAGAGCUUGGAGCGGGAAGCCUGCCAUUAGUGGAUCCUGCUUUUAAUUACCAGGAGCACGAGCUGAACGAGCGGCUGAAACGGCUCUACCCGGCUGUGAACGAGGAAGAGACCCCUUUACCCCGAUCCUGGAGCCCCAAGGAUAAAUACAGCUACAUUGGGCUGUCACAGAACAACCUGCGGGUCCAUUACAAAGGCCAUGGAAAAAACCACAAGGACGCAGCAUCAGUGAGAGCCACACACCCUAUCCCUGCUGCCUGUGGGAUCUACUACUUUGAAGUCAAGAUUGUCAGCAAAGGUCGAGAUGGGUAUAUGGGAAUUGGCCUGUCUGCCCAGGGAGUCAACAUGAACAGACUGCCUGGAUGGGACAAGCACUCAUAUGGUUACCACGGAGAUGAUGGACACUCCUUCUGCUCCUCUGGGACGGGCCAACCAUACGGCCCAACAUUCACUACGGGGGAUGUUAUUGGUUGCUGUGUAAACCUCAUCAACAACACCUGCUUUUACACCAAAAAUGGAAUCAGUUUGGGUGUAGCAUUCACAGACCUGCCACCAAAUUUGUAUCCCACAGUUGGGCUGCAAACUCCAGGUGAGAUUGUGGAUGCUAACUUCGGUCAGCAGCCAUUUGUCUUUGACAUCGAGGACUACAUGAGUGAAUGGAGGGCCAAAAUCCACAGCAUGAUUGCUCGCUUCCCCAUAGGAGAGAGGCUGGGGGAGUGGCAGACCGUCCUGCAAAAUAUGGUGUCUAGCUACUUGGUGCAUCAUGGAUACUGUGCCACUGCAACAGCCUUUGCCAGAGCCACAGAAACCAUGAUACAAGAAGACCAGACAUCUAUAAAGAACCGGCAGAGAAUACAGAAGCUGGUGCUGGCAGGACGGGUGGGUGAAGCCAUAGAAGCAACUCAGCAGCUUUAUCCCGGCCUGUUAGAACACAACCCCAACCUACUAUUCAUGUUGAAGUGUCGUCAGUUUGUGGAGAUGGUGAACGGUACAGAUAGUGAGGUUUGCUGUUUGCUUGACCAUCGCUCACCCAAAUCCCAGGACAGUUACCCUGGCUCACCCAGUCUCAGCCCCCGCCACGGAACCAGCAUCACACACCUGCACACUGGAGGAGCAGAUAGCCCGACAUGCAGUAAUGGGGUGACUCCCUCAAACAAAUCAAAGAGUCACAGCGGUGCCGGCAGCAGCAGCAUCAAAUACCCUAGCGUCUCCUCCUCUGCAUCCUCAUCAACCUCUUCUUCUCCUUCCUCUGUCAACUAUUCUGAGUCCAACUCCUCUGACUCAACAAAGAGCCAACCUCACAGUGCCAACAGCACCCAGGAAACAAGUGACAGUGAGAUGGAGAUUGAAGCAGAGCACUAUACCAAUGGGGUUGUCGAGGGUUCCUCAGCACGGAUCAUGAAUGGCACAUACAAACAUGAAGAGAUUCUUCAACCAGAUGACAACAGCAUUGGCAAUGGGGUCUCAGAGGAAGGCUGGAGUAAUAGUAGACAGCUUUGUGGAGGGAACCAGGCAGCCACAGAAAGGAUGAUCCAGUUUGGACGGGAGCUGCAGGCACUUAAUGAACAACUGUGCCGCGAGUAUGGCAAGAAUGCUACACACAAGAAGAUGUUACAGGAUGCAUUCAGCCUGCUAGCAUACUCAGACCCAUGGAACUGCCCAGUGGGCCAGCAGUUAGACCCUACACAGAGAGAAUCCCUCUGCUCCGCACUCAAUAGUGCCAUAUUGGAGUCUCAAAAUCUGCCUAAGCAGCCUCCGCUGAUGUUAGCACUCGGCCAGGCCACAGAGUGUGUUCAGCUUAUGGCCCGGGUCCGGUCUGGUUCCUGCUCCUUCGCCAGAGUGGACAACUUUUUGCACUAGCCCAGGUCCAGGUUAAGGUUAAGUAGCACUGAGAGAAGCCUUGUCCAGCAGGUAGGUGUCACGAUGACGGCAGAAACCGCAGGAGUGUGAUUGGUGGGUUUGGCUGUCGGUCAAACCAAGCGGCACAAACAGAAGCAGAGAAGACGGAAAAGAAGAAAGCUUCCUUUUAAUUUAGUAUUAUCAAAUAAAUAAAUGUGUGACACUAUUUAAAGAUAAUUAUUAUUCUGUUUAUCUAGCCAUUUUUAUAGUUCUUUUUUGUCAGUUUGUUGUGGCCAUCCUGGACAAAGCAAAUUGUAAUUUCCCUUUUUAUUUUGCUAUUGUUUUCAUGGGUGGAUUUUGAUUCCCUACGUUCAGUAUUUUAUUCAUUGUUAUUUUCAUCAUAUCACAGACCACAACACCCACAUCUGGUUACCAUGGUCACCACAAAAACUGAAGGUAAACGUACUUACCUGAUAACUCGAUCUUAACUCAUAUUCAUGAAGAUGAGAAAACAAGAGCCCAGCAGUCUUUACUCCUGUUACUGUUUGGAGCAGUGCAUCAUUCUGGUCAUGGCUUGUGCUUUAUUUGUUAAAACACUAAUAUUACUCAGAAUCAUGUUUGGCAAAAGUUGAUCCCCAAAUUGUUCUCAUGGGCUGAAGGUAAGGAACCUCUGUAUGUUUAAAGAAUGUAAAAUAUUUGGAGUCAACAGGCUAACAGCUAAAGAACAAGACAUACCCUGGAAGAAUGGUUACCUUUAUAAAAUAGGUAAUUGGCUUGUUUCUGCGAGAGGGAAUUUUUCCAGUAAACAGAACUGGAAUUUUACUGUCAGAUAAUCACCCAAUCAGUGGUGUAGUCAAAAGUGGCAGGGCUCAAGCAUAGCUGCACCUACAACACCUGCUCACACAACACAAAACCAUGCCAGUAUGGAGAAAAUCAUUCUCAUAGGCUGACUAAAAAGCACGCAAUGUAAAAUGCUCAAAGUCUAGUCACUCCUGGGCAUGCCAUGACAGUUGGCGUUUCCUUUUGUCACAACAUUCACAAUCUUCUCUGUGCCCAAAUACAGAUAGCAUGUCACUUGUCAUAAAGAAAGGAGUUUUUAAAGGGGCAAAUAGUGACAUUAAAUCGCAGUCUUGCUCUCACUGUUGAAUGUUGAUCCCAAACCAGGUUGUGGAAACCAGUGUAUGUGUAUGAGGGAAAGGACUUUUGUUCAAACUUUGACUUGCACCUGUUUGUCUUACAGUUACAAACUUGCCCAAGUCCUACUCUAUUAUUAAAGAGAUGGAUGUAGAAACAAAGCUUUUCGGUUUGUAGAGUCACUCGGUCAAAACUAGAAAAGCAGUAUCUUUUAUUUUUUUAAGGUUUGCUGCCGGCCAUUGUGAGAUUUACAAAAGAACCACAUUGAUCUUGUUGAGGAGAUAUCAAUUUAAAGUCAUACAGCUUUAGAAAAUACCUGUUCAGCCCCAAAUAGCAUGAAAACACAAUGGAGUUUCUUCUGUGAAUCCUCCUUUCUGUUUGCUACUGUGUAUGGAGCCUGCAAGUUUUUAAUAUUGUGUUAAUUAGCCAGAGUGAUGAAUGGGUACAGAAAACGUAUAAAGGAAUACAGUGAAAUAUAUAAUUGAGCCAAUACAUUGUGAAAUAAUUGAAUUUGAACAAUGGUCUAUUUGAAAUGCCUCUUCUGCAACUGUAUUUGCACUGUGGUUACAAAGAUUCUCUGCUUCCUCCCCUUUCAGUCAAGUUUUAGCAGCUUGUAUUUGUAGACUCAGCAAUUGUAACAUCCCUUUUUUCCAGUUUCAAUAGUUCCUCUGAGCCAGUAGGCUACUUACUAGCUAAGUUUAGAUUGUAGUUGCUUAUUAUCACACUGCUCUUUAUAAAAACACACAUUUUGUUUUUGUCAUCAGCUUUAGGCUUUCAGUAUUUCUUGGUUGCUACUCUUGACUCUUGAUUUAUAUUUCACAUUUGGGGUUUGAGUGAAAAGACAGUGUUGACAACAUAAUGUAAAGGCAGUCAGUUUAUCCGGAUUGUAGCUGCAUUUUUACUGCAUUAAAACAUACACUUUUUAUCAUGUCUGUAGCCAAAAGGAGUUGACCUGGGAUGAAUUUCAUUAACUUACAAUCAAAUUGACUAAAUUAUUUCACAAUUUAUUAGCUCUUUUAUACAUAGUUAUUUAUACUUAACGGAACUGUUUAUUCCUAAUGGACUAGUCGGCUCCUUCUACAGUAAUUUUGACAUUUAUUCCAACACUGUCAUUUUGUGUGUUCUUCACUGCAGAAAAGGGGAAAUCAGAUGGUUUAUGGCAAAACUGUAAAUCAGAUGCAAUUGUACCAUACCUCCAUGUUCAUCAGUGAUUGCCUCUCAGUCUAAGUUCCAGCUCUCAGUCUAUCUGAAAUAUUUCAUUUUUUUUAACACCAGACCUAUUGUCUACCAAAUAGCACUGACUGAAUGUUGUUUGAUUAGUGGCAAGGUGUCACUCCAGCUGCUUUGUUGUGACCAAGGAAUGGCUUGUGGAUCUACCUUGAUACCUUGAUGUGCAUAUUACCAUUUUUGAGAUUUAAGUCUACAGUAAAGAAAUAUGGAAAUGAUAUAAUACUGGAGAUGUGUGAAUGCAAUGUGAGAUUUACUACAGGGUAUGUGGUCAAACUUUUACCAAGCUGUUUUUAUAAAGACCUUCUGGUAUAAUAGGAACUAUUCUAAUAACCACACAUACCGCACACAUUUGCAACUUCUGCUUCUACAAAUGUAAAGGACUUCUGUUACACACACUUACUGUUAAAGAACAACCUUUGUUGUAUACCAGUAGGAAACAAGUCUCCCAGCUGUCCUUUGUGUUUGAGCCUGGGCUGCGUCUCAGUGCUGUUAUUGCACACCCUUCAACUAAAUCCCUUCAUAGACAUAACCACUGAUGUGAUCAGUGAUUGUUUUGACAAAAAGGAGGACGUGAACAGUUUGGAAUUGGGCCGAAGGCCUCUAAAGCCACAUGGACUUCCUUUGGAGAGGCUGAAGGAAAGGAUUUAAGCGUCACAGACAAUUGACCUCUAUCAUAAUUUUUAUUUCAUAUUUUGAAUUUUGAGUUUUAGCAAACAAAAACUUAAAAAAAUUGUGAAUUGAGUUACCCUCUACUUAGCAUGACUUUUAAAACCUUUAAAAAAAAAUAAAAAAGGAAAAAAUGUUAUUGAAAAAAUACCUAUGUACUGGAAACAUGUUAAAAAAAAAAAAAGAAAUAUUGUAUUCUGUUUAAUUUUGACAGAAUUAUUUUUAUUAAAAUACAUCCAUAAGCAUAUGCUUGCCCUCUUGUUUUGGUGUGUUUUUCUCUUUUUUUAUGCCCAUUUUACCUCCAGCUGUGAAAGGGUCUGAUUUUAGGCUUUUAACUGCUCUGUAAAUGAUGCAGCUCGGCAUCCA